UCCUGUUUCUCUCACAACACCGGAAGUCUUCACUGUAACUGUAGGUUGCUUUCUCACGGCGUUUUUCCGAUGUUAAAGAUCUUCUUGUAAAGCACAAAUAAAAAUAUCGUUUGUGGCUGAUUUGCAAAUAGAUGAUCAGUCAUGGGUCGGAGCGAAUCUGGUAGGAGAGAUGACAGAUCUAAAAGCAGAGACGAGAGAAAAUCCUCGAGCUCCAGUAGAGCUUCUCGAAGUGCUCAGAAAAAACGAAACUCUGACAAGACAAAAAGAAGCCCUUCAUCAUCAUCAUCAUCAUGCUCCUCAUCCAGCCACAGAGAGGUCACAGAAAAGAAGAGGAAGAAGCUGAAAAGGAGUAGGAGUUCAUCAUCAUCAUCAUCUUCUUCUUCUUCAAGCUCCAGGUCCUCAUCCGGUACUAAAGGAACCAAAAAGAAGAAAAAGAAGCAAAAAAGGAGUCGGAGUUCAUCAUCAAGCUCCAGUUCCUCAUCCAGUAGUAAAGAUGCCAAAAAGAAAAAAAAGAAGCUCAAAGAAGCCAAGAAGAAACUAAAGCGUGAAAAGAAAAAGAGAAAGAAAGAGAAAAAACUAAAGAAGGAGCAAAAUAAGUUAGCAGAGAAAAAUCCUGUUCCUCUUCCAAAACCUCCAACAUACCUGCAGACGUGGCAGUAUGAAGAAGCAAAUGUGCAUGGGCCUGAUAUGACUGAUGAACAGAAAGACAGUUUUAACACUAAGAGACCUAUGACAAAAGAAGAAUACGAGGCCAGGCAAAGCGUCAUCCGUCGAGUCCUUGACCCUGAAACAGGGCGCACCAGGCUUAUAAGAGGAGAAGGGGAAGUUUUAGAAGAGAUUGUCAGCAAGGAACGACACAAAGACAUCAACAAGCAAGCUACGAGGGGAGAUGGUGAUGCCUUCCAGAAGAGAUUAGGGAUCAGCAGGUAGCAGGACUGCUAUGAGACGUUGGUUUGAUGACCGACCGUAAUGGGACUGUAAAAAUCCUUCAAGCGUCAUCGGGUUUCUCCUGCAUUUCUACAGGAAGAUUUCCCUUUGUAUGUUUCAGUAUUAUUCUUCUGAGGAAUACAGGAAUACAACUGUCCAGCUUAACGGACUCGUAACAUAGUCGUGGAAAUGUGGUUGUGUCUUCGUAACAUUUUGCUGUCAGAUAUUGUACAAUAUUAAGUACAUUUAAUGCAUAUUUAAUAAUAAGCAUUAAAACACUUCUCGAUUGUUA